UGCUCUUAUUCCUUUGGUCCCUUUUUCAACCUCUCUCACCCUCUCUCAGAAUCUCAGACCCCCAAAAUAUCAGCCUACCGCCCAUUUUUUACAGGUCCGUGCUGGACAUUGACACUACUCAAUUCUCUUUCAUCAGGCUGAAACCGAGCUUCCAUUAAGUGGUCCUUCUCACUCUCACUUUAGCUCAGUUUGGAGCUGCAGCACAUUCCUUGACUUCGUACACUGUCAUCUCCAAACUGAGCGCGCGGCGCAGAAUGGAGCCUUCUAGCUUCUGUUCUUCAAUGUUCUCACUCGUUCUGCUAAUUUCAGGGUUUAUGUACGCUGGGGUGGUGAAUUCAAUCGGAAUUAACUACGGCCAAAUCGCAAACAACUUACCUUCGCCGGACGCGGUGGUGCCGUUGGCCAAGUCCAUCGGAAUCACCAGGAUCAAGCUGUACGACGCCGAUCCCAAGGUGCUGAAGGCGUUCGCCAACAGCGGAGUCGAGUUCACAGUGUGCGUGGGGAAUGAGUACCUCGCCAAGAUCCAAGACCCGGGCAAGGCCCAGGAGUGGGUCAAGUCCAACGUCCAGGCUUUCAUGCCGGCCACCAAGAUCACCUGCAUCUUCGUCGGAAACGAAGUCCUCACCUUCAACGACACGACCAUGACCGGCAACCUCUUCCCGGCGAUGCAGAGCAUCCACACCGCCCUCGUCACUCUGGGCCUGGACAAGCAGGUCGCCGUCACCACCGCCCAUUCCCUCUCCAUUCUCGAAACCUCGUUCCCGCCGUCGGCCGGAGCAUUCCGCCGGGAUCUGAAAAACUGCAUAUCUCCGAUCCUCGAUUUCCACGCCAAAACCGGAUCUCCGUUCCUGAUCAACGCCUACCCUUACUUCGCCUACAAAUCGAACCCUAAACAAGUGCCGCUGGACUACGUCCUCUUCCAGCCCAACGCCGGUUCGCUGGAUCCGGCCACCAAUCUCCACUACGACAACAUGCUCUUCGCCCAAAUCGACGCCGUCUACGCCGCCCUGGCAUCCCUCGGCUACAAGAAGCUUCCGGUACACAUCUCCGAGACCGGGUGGCCGUCCAAAGGCGACGAGGACGAGGCCGGAGCCACGCCGGAGAAUGCGAAGAAGUACAAUGGGAAUCUGAUCAAGCUCAUUUGCCAGAAAAAGGGCACGCCGUUGAGGCCGAGCUCGGAUCUGAACAUUUACGUCUUCGCUCUGUUCAACGAGAACAUGAAACCCGGCCCGAGCUCCGAGAGGAACUUCGGGCUUUUGAAACCCGACGGAACUCCGGCGUACUCGCUUGGAUUCGCGUUGAACAGUAGCUCAAGCGGUAACGGUAACAGUAACAGCUCAUCCGGGUCGGGUCAGGGCGGGAUUAACCCGAUUACUAUUGGAUCGUCGCCACCCGGUUCUUCCAGUAACGGCUACUUGUCCAUUUCAUCCGCCCCCGCCACUGAGAGGUACCAUUUGAUCGGAUCGAUUCCCAUGAUGUGGUUGGUGCUGUUGUUGGUAAAAGUCCUUUGAAGUUGGAGAUAAAAGCUGAGAGCAAAUCCCAAGUGCUCAAGCAGAAAAAUUAGAUGUGAAUGAAUGGUAGAGAAUGAGGGAAAAUAGGAGAGGCUACUUGAGAACUAGGCAAAGGAGAAUUAUUUUAUCUAUCUCAAUAACUCUAGUCGGUAGGGUUUGUGGAGGAGGCUGGAGAGGACCACCAUUAUUCGUAAUCUAAGAGUCGACCUAUUUAUUUGCUUUGUGUUCAA